AUGGAAGUUGAAGUGAAGCUACGGUUACCAGACUCAGCCUCUCACCAAAGACUCUCCAACAUACUCUCACCGUUCCACAUCAAAACCCACCUCCAAGAAAACGUCUUCUUCGACGGCAUUAACUCCGAGCUCUCUUCAAACCUAGCCGUGCUACGUCUCCGAUUCUACGACCUCGACACCCACUGCAUCGUCUCUCUAAAGGCCAAACCAAUAAUCACCGACGGGAUUAGCCGGAUCGAGGAAGAUGAAGAGCCCAUCGACGCCGCCAUCGCCCGAGCCUGUGUGGCGGAGCCCUGGCGGCUAUCGUCGAUUAAUUUGUCGAGAAUACUAAAGCGAGUGAGAGAAGAGUUCGGUGUUAUAGAAAAUGGGUUGGUGUGUUUGGGAGGGUUUAGGAAUGUGAGGGCAGUGUAUGAUUGGAAUGGGUUGAAAUUGGAGCUCGAUGAGACCCAUUAUGAAUUUGGGACAAGUUAUGAGAUAGAAUGUGAGAGUUCGGAGCCUGAUAGAGCUAAGAAAUUGAUUGAGGAGUUUUUGAAGGAUAAUGGGAUCGGGUAUUCAUAUUCGGAGAGUUCCAAGUUCGCCGUUUUCCGGGCGGGAAAGCUGCCUCAGUAA